UAGGCAACAGCCGCUGAGUUCCCAGAGUGCUUAGCGUUGCGUUUCGCCGGGCUGUCAGCAGGAGGCGUGCUUGUGUGGGUGUGCGCGCCCCAGACAUGGACGCGGAUGAUACAGGAAAUCGACUUCGAUUCCAGUUGGAGCUGGAGUUUGUUCAAUGUCUGGCAAAUCCAAAUUACCUCAACUUUCUUGCACAAAGAGGCUACUUCAAAGAUAAAGCUUUUGUAAAUUAUCUGAAAUAUUUACUUUAUUGGAAAGAACCUGAAUAUGCAAAAUACCUGAAGUAUCCUCAAUGUUUGCAUAUGCUAGAGCUGCUCCAGUAUGAACAUUUCCGCAAAGAACUGGUCAAUGCUCAGUGUGCCAAAUUUAUUGAUGAGCAACAGAUCCUCCACUGGCAGCACUAUUCCCGGAAAAGGAUGCGCCUCCAGCAGGCACUGGCUGAGCAGCAGCAACAAAACAACACCUCUGUAAAAUGAAAAGCACAUGCAGUAGUGGUGAUGAGGUGUACUUUGUGUUAGUGAAGUAUUUACAGGAGAUGAAUAAACCCUUUUGCAAGUUUGG